GCGAUGUUUACGGCGCGCGGCGGCGGCGGCGGCUGCGGCGGGAUUGUUUUGAUUACGUGGCGAACGUAGGACGGUCGAGGCUCGCCACGAGGGACCUGUCGCACGGACGUCGAACGGAGAAGCGGCGAUGACGGAUGAACGGCUACGGAGUCGGUGACGGUUGAACGAGAGCGAUGAUUCUCUUCAGAGCGGGCUCGGUCCUCGGCUUUCUGAUCCUGGUCAGCGGAUUUCGGGAAUACAACAGGCGGGAUAUGAUCGCCUUGCGCGAGGAGGUACGAUCCAUGUUCGAUUACGCGUACUCCGGUUAUCUGACGCAUGCCUACCCGUACGACGAACUGCGCUCGCUGAGUUGCGACGGCUUCGAUACCUGGGGCAGCUUCUCCCUGACCCUGAUCGACGCCCUGGACACGCUCGCGGUCAUGGGCAACUUCUCCGAGUUCCGCCGCGUCGCCGAGCUGAUCGGGACGCGGGCGAACUUCGAGGCCAACAUCAACGUGUCGGUGUUCGAGACAAAUAUCCGGGUGGUCGGCGGGCUGCUGAGUGCCCACCUGCUGUCGCGCAGAGCCGGCGUCAAACUCGAACCAGGUUGGCCCUGCAACGGCCCGCUGCUACGCCUCGCCGAGGAUAUGGCCAAGAGGCUGAUCGCCGCUUUCGAUACGCCCACCGGGAUGCCAUACGGCACAGUCAAUCUCAAGUACGGCGUACCGGAAGGCGAGACCAGUAUCACAUGCACCGCUGGCAUCGGCACCUUCCUGCUGGAGUUUGGCACCCUCUCCAGGCUGACCGGGGAUCCAUUGUACGAGGAAGUCGCCAUGAACGCCAUAAAGGCGCUUCAUUAUUACAAAUCCAGCAUCGGCCUAGUCGGUAAUCAUAUUGACGUCCUGACUGGCCACUGGACCGCUCAGGAUUCCGGCAUAGGCGCCGGCGUGGAUUCCUAUUUUGAGUACUUGGCGAAGGGUACCCUACUGUUUCAGGAUCCUUUACUAGCCUCGAUAUUCCAGGAGCAUAAGCGAGCCAUAGAGAAGUAUAUUCGUCGAGAGGACUGGCAUCUCUGGGUCUCCAUGACCAAAGGUCAGGUGACCCUACCAGUCUUCCAGUCCCUGGACGCGUACUGGCCCGGCGUGCUGAGUUUAUUCGGCGAGAUCGGAGACGCCAUGAAGUCCCUGCACAAUUACCAUCGAGUGUGGAAGCAGUUCGGAUUCACUCCGGAAUUCUACAACAUCCCACAAGCCGAGGCGGGGACCAACAGGGAGGGCUAUCCCCUUAGGCCGGAACUCAUUGAAUCCGUCAUGUAUCUUUACAGGGCGACCAGAGAUCCCUAUCUGAUCCAGGUAGGAGUGGACAUCCUCAGGAGUCUGCAGCACAGCGCGAAAACCGCCUGUGGUUACGCGACUAUCAACGAUGUUCGAGAUCACCGCAAGGCAGACCGGAUGGAAUCCUUCUUUUUAGCAGAGACCACUAAGUACCUGUAUCUUCUUUUCGACACUGACAACUUCAUCCACAAUCCCGGCUCCCACGGUGAGAUAAUCAACACCCAGUGGGGUCAGUGUGUGGUGGACGCCGGCGGAUACAUCUUCAACACAGAGGCCCAUCCGAUCGACCCCGGGGCUCUGUACUGUUGCCGACCUGCGCAAGAGAUCUUUCCGGACAAGAGAUCGGUAUUGAAGAGAUUCGUGCCGAUGAAGGACUUAUUGGUGGACGACGUCUCAUCGAGCGAGUUUCGUCAUGGAAAGAAUGCCGGCAACAAGCAUCCAAACGUGCUGCCUAUCACGAUAGUGAAGUUGUCCGAGAUCAGGCAUCACGCAAGUGGGAAAAGGGAUACUCUCAACGAGAGUGCUUCAUCUUCAAACGCCUCGUCGAGAACAUCGGAUCCGCUCGAGGAGGCGAAGAAGCAGGAGGGAGACGAGGAUAAUUCGAAUCAGAACGCGACUCCGAGCGUUCAACUGCCGACGGCGCAGGUCCUCGCGCCUUCGUCGACGAUCUACAAGGCUGACGAUAGCGAUGAUUCCGACAGUUUUGAAUCACCGAUGUUAUCGGACGAACAAUACUCUGCUGCUGGACUCGCGACGGAGGGUGGUACUCAACGAAACGCCACGCCGAGUUCCGCCAAGACCAGAUUCGAGCCGCAAAUAAUGCUGGAGAACAUCAGACGCGGCAAUCUCUAUCCGACCAAUAUCACAGCGCGACAGAACUAUCAGAUUUUGUCCUGUCAAGCUCAACCAUUCCUACAACGAAUGUCGAUCAUAGGAGAAUUUUUUUAAAUAAACGACGCGCUGGAGAAAAAUCGAGGCCGGAGAUCUAUGCGAGUCUGUUACGGCGAUUAUCGAAAAAUAUUUUUGAUUCGUGGAUCUUUGUUACGAGAAUGGAAGUCUACGCGGACCUCUGCGUCUCGCGUACGUUGUACUUUAGGAUAUAUUCCUGUGAUAUAAUUGUUGUUGUAUAGUUUCUAAUAAAUAUAAGAUAUUGCAAGCAAA